AUGUUAUAUGGCUCUAAAGUAUGGCAGUUAAGCGAAAAACAUAAAAAGAAGUUGAUGUCGAUCGAAAUGGACUUCUGGCGAAGAUCAGCCCGAAUCUCCCGUUUAGACAGAAUUAGGAACGAGAGAAUACGUGAAAAAAUGAAGGUGGAGGGUAACAUUGUACGAGAUAUACAAGAAAAACAACUGCAGUGGUACGGCCAUGUACAACGAAUGGCUGACGAUAGAAUACCGAAGCAAGUGUUGCAGUGGACCCCUACAGACAGACGUAAACGAGGCCGACCUAAACUUUCCUGGAAUCAAGGAAUCGACAGCGCCAUGUCGGAAAGGAACUUACUACCAGGUGAUUGGGACAAUAGACGGAGGUGGCGCAUGGAGACCGGAGGGCGACGAAGAACGCUGUAA